ACUACAUCGCAAAGUCCAUAUUAUACACCCAAAAAGAAAACGCCAAAAAGCGAUUCAUUGACUUUGAGCAGUACGACACCACACAGUUUGACAACCUCAAGUGAAGCAACGACAGUAAGCAGUACCACAGCAGAAGAAUCUUCUAGAACCACCACCUACCCCACAACAUCAACAGAAUCAACCACUGGCGGAGACACAACACCGACGUCCUCUUCCAGUUCAUCUACAGAUUCAACCUCAAGUGAAGAAACGACCUUAAGCAGUACAACACCAGAAGAUUCUUCUAGUACCACCACUGACUCUACAACAUCAACAGAAUCAACCAAUGCCGGAGACACAACACCGACGUCCUCUUCUAGUUCAUCUACAGAGUCAACUUCCAGUGAAGCAACGACCAUAAAAUCAACCACUGACGGAUACACAACACAGACGUCUUCUUCUAGUUCAUCUACAGCUGCAAUCUCGAGUGAAGCAAGGAGCUUAAGCAGUAUCAGAGGAGAAGAAUCUUCUAGUACCACAACUGACUCUACAACAUCAACGGAAUCAACCAUUGACCCAUACACAACAGCGACGUCCUCUUCUAGUUCAUCUACAGAUUCAACCUCGAGUGAAGCAACGACCAUAAGUAGUACAACACCAGAAGACACUCCUAGUACCACCACUGACUCUACAACAUCAACAGAAUCAACCACUGACCCUGACACAACACCGACGUCCUCUUCUAGUUCAUCUACAGAUUCAACCUCGAGUGAAGCAACGACCUUAAGCAGUACAACACCAGAAUAUUCUUCUAGUACCACCACUGACUCUACAUCAUCAACAGAAUCAACCACUGACGGAUACACAACACCGACGUCCUCUUCUAGUUCAUCUAAAGAUUCAACCUCGAGUGAAGCAACGCCCAUAAGUAGUACAACACCAGAAGAAUCUUCUAGUACCACCACUGACUCUACACCAUCAACGGAAUCAACCACUGCCGGAGACACAACACCGACGUCCUCUUCUAGUUCAUCUACAGAUUCAACCUCAAGUGCAGCAACGACCUUAAGCAAGUCAACUUCCAGUGAAGCAACGACCAUAAGUAGUACAACACCAGAAGAUUCUUCUAGUACCACCACUGACUCUACAUCAUCAACAGAAUCAACCACUGACGGAGACACAACACCGACGUCCUCUUCUAGUUCAUCUACGGAUUCAACCUCGAGUGAAGCAACGACCUUAAGCAGUACAACACCAGAAGAUUCUUCUAGUACCACCACUGACUCUACAUCAUCAACAGAUUCAACCACUGACGGAUACACAACACCGACGUCCUCUUCUACUGCAUCUACAGAUUCAACCUCGAGUGAAGCAACGACCUUAAGCAGUACAACACCAGAAUAUUCUUCUAGUACCACCACUGACUCUACAUCAUCAACAGAAUCAACCACUGACGGAUACACAACACCGACGUCCUCUUCUAGUUCAUCUACAGAUUCAACCUCGAGUGAAGCAACGACCUUAAGCAGCACAACACCAGAAUAUUCUUCUAGUACCACCACUGACUCUACAUCAUCAACAGAAUCAACCACUGCCGCAUACACAACACCGACGUCCUCUUCUAGUUCAUCUACAGAUUCAACCUCGAGUGAAGCAACGACCAUAAGUAGUCCAACACCAGAAGAUUCUUCUAGUACCACCACUGACUCUACACCAUCAACAGAAUCAACCACUGCCGGAGACACAACACCAACGUCUUCUUCUAGUUCAUCUACAGAGUCAACUUCCAGUGAAGCAACGACCAUAAGUAGUACAACACCAGAAGAUUCUUCUAGUACCACCACUGACUCUACAUCAUCAACAGAAUCAACCACUGACGGAGACACAACACCGACGUCAUCUUCUAGUUCAUCUACGGAUUCAACCUCGAGUGAUGCAACGACCUUAAGCAGUACAACACCCCAAGAUUCUUCUAGUACCACCACUGACUCUACAUCAUCAACAGAAUCAACCACUGACGGAUACACAACACCGACGUCCUCUUCUAGUUCAUCUACAGAUUCAUCAACUUCCAGUGAAGCAACGACCAUAAGUAGUACAACACCAGAAGAUUCUUCUAGUACCACCACUGACUCUACAUCAUCAACAGAAUCAACCACUGACGGAGACACAACACCGACGUCCUCUUCUAGUUCAUCUACGGAUUCAACCUCGAGUGAAGCAACGACCUUAAGCAGUACAACACCAGAAGAUUCUUCUAGUACCACCACUGACUCUACAUCAUCAACAGAAUCUACCACUGACGGAUACACAACACCGACGUCCUCUUCUACUGCAUCUACAGAUUCAACCUCGAGUGAAGCAACGACCUUAAGCAGUACAACACCAGAAUAUUCUUCUAAUUCAACCUCGAGUGAAGCAACGACCAUAAGUAGUCCAACACCAGAAGAUUCUUCUAGUACCACCACUGACUCUACACCAUCAACAGAAUCAACCACUGCCGGAGACACAACACCAACGUCUUCUUCUAGUUCAUCUACAGAGUCAACUUCCAGUGAAGCAACGACCAUAAGUAGUACAACACCAGAAGAUUCUUCUAGUACCACCACUGACUCUACAUCAUCAACAGAAUCAACCACUGACGGAGACACAACACCGACGUCAUCUUCUAGUUCAUCUACGGAUUCAACCUCGAGUGAUGCAACGACCUUAAGCAAGUCAACUUCCAGUGAAGCAAGGACCUUAAGCAGUACAACACCAGAAGAUUCUUCUAGUACCACCACUGACUCUACAUCAUCAACAGAAUCAACCACUGACGGAUACGCAACACCGACGUCCUCUUCUAGGUCAUCUACAGAUUCAACCUCGAGUGAAGCACCAUCAACAGAAUCAACCACUGCCGGAGACACUACACCGACGUCUUCUUCUAGUUCAUCUACAGAUUCAUCUACAGAUUCAACCUCGAGUGAAGCAACGACCCUAAGCAGUACAACACUAGAAGAAUCUUCUAGUACCACCACUGACUCUACAUCAUCAACAGAAUCAACCACUGACGGAUACGCAACAUCAACCUCAAGUGAAGAAACGACCUUAAGCAGUACAACACCAGAAGAAUUUUCUAGUACCACCACUGACUCUACAACAUCAACAGAAUCAACCACUGACCCAGACAAAACACCGACGUCCUCUUCUAGUUCAUCUACAGAUUCAACCUCAAGUGCAGCAACGACCUUAAGCAGUACAACACCAGAAGGUUCUUCUAGUACAACCACUGACUCUACAACAUCAACAGAAUCAACCACUGAUGGAGACACAACACCGACGUCAUCUUCAAGUUCAUCUACAGAUUCAACCUCGAGACAAGCAACGACCUUAAAGAGUACAACACCAGAAGAUUCUUCUAGUCCCACCACUGACUCUUCAACAUCAACGGAAUCAACCACUGACCCAGACACAACAGCGACGUCCUCUUCUAGUUCAUCUACCGAUUCAACCUCGAGUGAAGCAACGACCUUAAGCAGUACAACACCAGAAGAAUCUUCUAGUACCACCACUGACUCUACAUUAUCAACAGAAUCAACCACUGACGGAGACACAACACCGACGUCUUCUUCUAGUUCAUCUACAGCUUCAAUCUCGAGUGAAGCAAGGAGCUUAAGCAGUAUCACAGGAGAAGAAUCUUCUAGUACCACAACUGACUCUACAACAUCAACGGAAUCAACCAUUGACCCAUACACAACAGCGACGUCCUCUUCUAGUUCAUCUACAGAUUCAACCUCGAGUGAAGCAACGACCAUAAGUAGUACAACACCAGAAGACUCUCCUAGUACCACCACUGACUCUACAUCAUCAACAGAACCAACCACUGACCCAGACACAACACCGACGUCAUCUUCUAGUUCAUCUACAGAUUCAACCUCGAGUGAAGCAACGACCUUAAGUAGUACAACACCUGAAGAUUCUUCUAGUACCACCACUGACUCUACAAUAUCAACAGAAUCAACCACUGACCCAGAAACAACACCGACGUCCUCUUCUAGUUCAUCUACAGAUUCAACCUCGAGUGAAGCAACGACCAUAAGUAGUACAACACCAGAAGACUCUCCUAGUACCACCACUGACUCUACAUCAUCAACAGAACCAACCACUGACCCAGACACAACACCGACGUCAUCUUCUAGUUCAUCUACAGAUUCAACCUCGAGUGAAGCAACGACCUUAAGUAGUACAACACCUGAAGAUUCUUCUAGUACCACCACUGACUCUACAAUAUCAACAGAAUCAACCACUGACCCAGAAACAACACCGACGUCCUCUUCUAGUUCAUCUACAGAUUCAACCUCGAGUGAAGCAACGACCUUAAGCAGUACAACACCAGAAGAAUCUUUUAGUACCACCACUGACUCUACAUCAUCAACAGAAUCAACCACUGACGGAGACACAACACCGACGUCCUCUUCUAGUUCAUGUACAGAUUCAACCUCGAGUGAAGCAACGACCUUAAGCAGUACAACACCAGAAGAAUCUUUUAGUACCACCACUGACUCUACAAUAUCAACAGAAUCAACCACUGACCCAGAAACAACACCGACGUCCUCUUCUAGUUUAUCUACAGAUUCAACCUUGAGUGAAGCAACGACCUUAAGCAGUACAACACCAGAAGAUUCUUCUAGUACCACCAGUGACUCUACACCAUCAACAGAUUCAACCACUGCCGGAGACACAACACCGACGUCUUCUUCUAGUUCAUCUACAGAGUCAACUUCCAGUGAAGCAACGACCAUAAGCAACACAACACCAGAAGAUUCUUCUAGUACCACCACUGACUCUACAUCAUCAACAGAAUCAACCACUGACGGAUACACAACACCGACGUCCUCUUCUAGUUCAUCUACAGAUUCAACCUCGAGUGAAGCAACGACCUUAAGCAGUACAACACCAGAAUAUUCUUCUAGUACCACCACUGACUCUACAUCAUCAACAGAAUCAACCACUGACGGAUACACAACACCGACGUCUUCUUCUAGUUCAUCUACAGAUUCAACCUCGAAUUCUUCUAGUACCACCACUGACUCUACAUCAUCAACAGAAUCAACCACUGACGGAUACACAACACCGACGUCCUCUUCUAGUUCAUCUACAGAUUCAACCUCGAGUGAAGCAUCGACCAUAAAAUCAACCACUGCCGGAGACACAACACCGACGUCUUCUUCUAGUUUAUCUACAGAGUCAACUUCCAGCAAAGCAACGACCAUAAGUAGUACAACACCAGAAGAUUCUUCUAGUACCACCACUGACUCUACAACAUCAACAGAAUCAACCACUGCCGGAGACACAACACCGCCGUCUUCUUCUAGUUCAUCUACAGAUUCAUCUACAGAUUCAACCUCGAGUGAAGCAACGACCAUAAGUAGUACAACACCAGAAUAUUCUUCUAGUACCACAACUGACUCUACAACAUCAACGGAAUCAACCAUUGACCCAUACACAACAGCGACGUCCUCUUCUAGUUCAUCUACAGAUUCAACCUCGAGUGAGGCAACGACCAUAAGUAGUACAACACCAGAAGACUCUCCUAGUACCACCACUGACUCUACAUCAUCAACAGAACCAACCACUGACCCAGACACAACACCGACGUCAUCUUCUAGUUCAUCUACAGAUUCAACCUCGAGUGAAGCAACGACCUUAAGUAGUACAACACCAGAAUAUUCUUCUAGUACCACCACUGACUCUACAAUAUCAACAGAAUCAACCACUGACGGAGACACAACACCGACGUCCUCUUCUAGUUCAUCUACAGAUUCAACCUCGAGUGAAGCAACGACCUUAAGCAGUACAACACCAGAAGAAUCUUUUAGUACCACCACUGACUCUACAUCAUCAACAGAAUCAAAUUCAACCUCGAGUGAAGCAACGACCUUAAGCAGUACAACACCAGAAGAAUCUUUUAGUACCACCACUGACUCUACAAUAUCAACAGAAUCAACCACUGGCCCAGACACAACACCGACGUCCUAUUCUAGUUUAUCUACAGAUUCAACCUUGAGUGAAGCAACGACCUUAAGCAGUACAACACCAGAAGAUUCUUCUAGUACCACCAGUGACUCUACACCAUCAACAGAUUCAACCGCUGCCGGAGACACAACACCGACGUCUUCUUCUAGUUCAUCUACAGAGUCAACUUCCAGUGAAGCAACGACCAUAAGCAACACAACACCAGAAGAUUCUUCUAAGUCAACCUCAAGUGAAGAAACGACCUUAAGCAGUACAACACCAGAAGAAUUUUCUAGUACCACCACUGACUCUACAACAUCAACAGAAUCAACCACUGACCCAGACAAAACACCGACGUCCUCUUCUAGUUCAUCUACAGAUUCAACCUCAAGUGCAGCAACGACCUUAAGCAGUACAACACCAGAAGGUUCUUCUAGUACAACCACUGACUCUACAACAUCAACAGAAUCAACCACUGAUGGAGACACAACACCGACGUCAUCUUCAAGUUCAUCUACAGAUUCAACCUCGAGACAAGCAACGACCUUAAAGAGUACAACACCAGAAGAUUCUUCUAGUCCCACCACUGACUCUUCAACAUCAACGGAAUCAACCACUGACCCAGACACAACAGCGACGUCCUCUUCUAGUUCAUCUACCGAUUCAACCUCGAGUGAAGCAACGACCUUAAGCAGUACAACACCAGAAGAAUCUUCUAGUACCACCACUGACUCUACAUUAUCAACAGAAUCAACCACUGACGGAGACACAACACCGACGUCUUCUUCUAGUUCAUCUACAGCUUCAAUCUCGAGUGAAGCAAGGAGCUUAAGCAGUAUCACAGGAGAAGAAUCUUCUAGUACCACAACUGACUCUACAACAUCAACGGAAUCAACCAUUGACCCAUACACAACAGCGACGUCCUCUUCUAGUUCAUCUACAGAUUCAACCUCGAGUGAAGCAACGACCAUAAGUAGUACAACACCAGAAGACUCUUCUAGUACCACCACUGACUCUACAUCAUCAACAGAACCAACCACUGACCCAGACACAACACCGACGUCAUCUUCUAGUUCAUCUACAGAUUCAACCUCGAGUGAAGCAACGACCUUAAGUAGUACAACACCUGAAGAUUCUUCUAGUACCACCACUGACUCUACAAUAUCAACAGAAUCAACCACUGACCCAGAAACAACACCGACGUCCUCUUCUAGUUCAUCUACAGAUUCAACCUCGAGUGAAGCAACGACCAUAAGUAGUACAACACCAGAAGACUCUCCUAGUACCACCACUGACUCUACAUCAUCAACAGAACCAACCACUGACCCAGACACAACACCGACGUCAUCUUCUAGUUCAUCUACAGAUUCAACCUCGAGUGAAGCAACGACCUUAAGUAGUACAACACCUGAAGAUUCUUCUAGUACCACCACUGACUCUACAAUAUCAACAGAAUCAACCACUGACCCAGAAACAACACCGACGUCCUCUUCUAGUUCAUCUACAGAUUCAACCUCGAGUGAAGCAACGACCUUAAGCAGUACAACACCAGAAGAAUCUUUUAGUACCACCACUGACUCUACAUCAUCAACAGAAUCAACCACUGACGGAGACACAACACCGACGUCCUCUUCUAGUUCAUGUACAGAUUCAACCUCGAGUGAAGCAACGACCUUAAGCAGUACAACACCAGAAGAAUCUUUUAGUACCACCACUGACUCUACAAUAUCAACAGAAUCAACCACUGACCCAGAAACAACACCGACGUCCUCUUCUAGUUUAUCUACAGAUUCAACCUUGAGUGAAGCAACGACCUUAAGCAGUACAACACCAGAAGAUUCUUCUAGUACCACCAGUGACUCUACACCAUCAACAGAUUCAACCACUGCCGGAGACACAACACCGACGUCUUCUUCUAGUUCAUCUACAGAGUCAACUUCCAGUGAAGCAACGACCAUAAGCAACACAACACCAGAAGAUUCUUCUAAAUCAACCACUGCCGGAGACACAACACCGACGUCUUCUUCUAGUUUAUCUACAGAGUCAACUUCCAGCGAAGCAACGACCAUAAGUAGUACAACACCAGAAGAUUUUUCUAGUACCACCACUGACUCUACAACAUCAACAGAAUCAACCACUGCCGGAGACACAACACCGCCGUCUUCUUCUAGUUCAUCUACAGAUUCAUCUACAGAUUCAACCUCGAGUGAAGCAACGACCAUAAGUAGUACAACACCAGAAUAUUCUUCUAGUACCACAACUGACUCUACAACAUCAACGGAAUCAACCAUUGACCCAUACACAACAGCGACGUCCUCUUCUAGUUCAUCUACAGAUUCAACCUCGAGUGAGGCAACGACCAUAAGUAGUACAACACCAGAAGACUCUCCUAGUACCACCACUGACUCUACAUCAUCAACAGAACCAACCACUGACCCAGACACAACACCGACGUCAUCUUCUAGUUCAUCUACAGAUUCAACCUCGAGUGAAGCAACGACCUUAAGUAGUACAACACCAGAAUAUUCUUCUAGUACCACCACUGACUCUACAAUAUCAACAGAAUCAACCACUGACGGAGACACAACACCGACGUCCUCUUCUAGUUCAUCUACAGAUUCAACCUCGAGUGAAGCAACGACCUUAAGCAGUACAACACCAGAAGAAUCUUUUAGUACCACCACUGACUCUACAUCAUCAACAGAAUCAUCAACUUCCAGUGAAGCAACGGCCUUAAGCAACACAACACCAGAAGAUUCCUCUAGUACCACCACUGACUCUACAUCAUCAACAGAAUCAACCACUGACGGAUACACAACACCGACGCCCUCUUCUAGUUCAUCUACAGAUUCAACCUCGAGUGAAGCAACGACCCUAAGCAGUACAACACUAGAAGAAUCUUCUAGUACCACCACUGACUCUACAUCAUCAACAGAAUCAACCACUGCCGGAGACACAACACCGACGUCUUCUUCUAGUUCAUCUACAGAGUCAACUUCCAGUGAAGCAAGGACCUUAAGCACAACCUCAAGUGAAGCAACGACCUUAAGCAGUACAACACCAGAAGAAUCUUCUAGUACCACCACUGACUCUACAUCAUCAACAGAAUCAUCCACUGACGGAGAUACAACACAGACGUCUUCUUCUAGGUCAUCUACAGAUUCAAUCUCGAGUGAAGCAACGACCUUAAGCAGUACAACACCUGAAGAUUCUUCUAGUACCACCACUGACUCUACACCAUCAACAGAAUCAACCACUGCCGGAGACACAACACCGACGUCCUCUUCUAGUUCAUCUACAGAUUCAACCUCGAGUGAAGCAACAACCUUAAGCAGUACAACACUAGAAGAAUCUUCUAGUACCACCACUGACUAUACAUCAUCAACAGAAUCAACCACUGACGGAUACACAUUCAUCUACAGAUUCAACCUCGAUUCAUCUACAGAUUCAACCUCGAGUGAAGCAACGACCAUAAGUAGUACAACACCAGAAGAUUCUUCUAGUACCACCACUGACUCUACAACAUCAACAGAAUCAACCACUGCCGGAGACACAACACCGACGUCUUCUUCUAGCUCAUCUACAGAGUCAACUUCCAGUGAAGCAACGACCUUAAGCAACACAACACCAGAAGAUUCUUCUAAAUCAACCACUGACGGAGACACAACACCGACGUCUUCUUCUAGUUCACCUACAGAGUCAACUUCCAGUGAACGUUCAUCUACAGAUUCAACCUCAAGUGAAGCAACGACCUUAAGCAGUACAACACCAGAAGAUUCUUCUAGUACCACCACUGACUCUACAUCAUCAACAGAAUCAACCACUGACGGAGACACAACACCGACGUCCUCUUCUAGUUCAUCUACAGAUUCAACCUCGAGUGAAGCAACGACCUUAAGCAGUACAACACUAGAAGAAUCUUCUAGUACCACCACUGACUCUACAUCAUCAACAGAAUCAACCACUGACGGAGAUACAACACAGACGUCUUCUUCUAGUUCAUCUACAGAUUCAAUCUCGAGUGAUGCAACGACCUUAAGUAGUACAACACCAGAAGAUUCUUCUAGUACCACCACUGACUCUACACCAUCAACAGAAUCAACCACUGCCGGAGACACAACACCGACGUCCUCUUCUAGUUCAUCUACAGAUUCAACCUCGAGUGAAGCAACAACCUUAAGCAGUACAACACUAGAAGAAUCUUCUAGUACCACCACUGACUCUACAUCAUCAACAGAAUCAACCACUGACGGAGACACAACACAGACGUCUUCUUCUAGUUCAUCUACAGCUUCAAUCUCGAGUGAAGCAAGGAGCUUAAUCAGUAUCACAGGGGAAAAAUCUUCUAGUACCACAACUGACUCUACAACAUCAACGGAAUCAACCAUUGACCCAUACACAACAGCGACGUCCUCUUCUAGUUCAUCUACAGAUUCAACCUCGAGUGAUGCAACGACCAUAAGUAGUACAACACCAGAAGACUCUCCUAGUACCACCACCUACUCUACAACAUCAACAGAGUCAACCACUGAUGAAGACACAACACCGACGUCUUCUUCUAGUUCAUCUACAGAUUCAACCUCGAGUGAAGCAACGACCUUAAGCAGUACAACACCAGAAUAUUCUUCUAGUACCACCACCUACUCUACAACACCAACAGAAUCAACCACUGACGGAGACACAACACCGACGUCCUCUUCUAGUUCAUCUACAGAUUCAACCUCGAGUGAUGCAACGACCUUAAGCAGUACGACACCAGAAGAAUCUUCGUCAAUUUCGACUACCGCUAGGACACCGCAGGACGAUAGUGAUUGCGAAAUUGUUGUUCUUUUGAGGGUCGUAGAAGAGUAGCAGCAUAUUCAGAAUUGUGUUAUGUGCUAAUUUUAUAGUUUUAUUUUGUUGACCAUUGGUAUCUCCUUUGACUACGUAACAAUGAUUGCAGUAUUUAAAUAUUUAAAAAUUGUUGUAGUUUCUUGUGUCUCUUGAUGCAUUGUACCAUAUAAAGUUUUUUCGAUUAAUUAAUUAUAAAAACGAGUAUU